GCGGGGAGAGCGAAGGGAUGCGCCAAGCGCGCACCGCCCGCCUCUAACUCCGCGCCCGCUCCCGCUCCCCUCCAUGAGCCGCCCCGCGUCCCUGCUGCCGGCCGCCCGCUGCCGCAGCGCUCCGGCCAAGCGGCUCCAACCUCUCCACGACGGCCCCGCCGAAGAAGCGCCGGCCGCCAAGUGCCCUCGCCUCGCCGACUGCGGACCCCCGGAUUACCUGAGCGCUCCCGGCUCGCCUUGUUCACCCGCUUCUCCCGCCGGCGGGGGAGCGGCGGGUCCCAGCCUGAUCGCCUCUUACCUGCUGCUGCCGCUGGCCGAGCGGGAGCAGGUGUCGAGGGCGCUGAGCGUUAGCUCCGGCCGGGAGCUGCGCUGCAAGGUGUUCCCCCUCAAACACUACCAGGACAAGAUCCGGCCUUACAUUCAGCUGCCGUCGCACAGAAACAUCACUGGGGUGGUCGAAGUCAUCCUCGGGGACACCAAGGCCUAUGUGUUCUUUGAAAAGGACUUUGGGGACAUGCACUCCUACGUGAGGAGCUGCAAGAGGCUGAGGGAAGAGGAGGCUGCCCGGCUGUUCAAGCAGAUCGUCUCCGCUGUAGCUCACUGCCACCAGUCGGCCAUCGUACUUGGUGACCUCAAGCUCAGGAAAUUUGUCUUCUCUAAUGAAGAGAGGACUCAGCUGAGGCUGGAGAGCCUGGAAGACACACACAUCAUCAAAGGCGAAGACGAUGCGCUCUCAGACAAGCACGGCUGCCCGGCGUAUGUCAGCCCUGAGAUCCUAAACACGACGGGGACUUACUCCGGAAAAUCGGCCGACGUGUGGAGUUUGGGAGUGAUGCUCUAUACCCUGCUGGUGGGACGCUAUCCCUUCCAUGACUCGGACCCUAGCACUCUGUUUUCCAAAAUCCGACGUGGACAGUUCUGUAUUCCUGACCACGUCUCCCCCAAAGCCCGAUGCCUCAUCCGCAGCCUCCUGCGGCGGGAGCCCUCUGAAAGACUCACUGCUCCGGAGAUCUUGCUUCACCCUUGGUUUGAGGCGGUCUUGGAGCCUGGAUAUACAGACCAGGAGACGGGAACUUCGGAUCAAAUUGUUCCAGAAUACCACGGAGACAGUGAUGAUAUUAGUUCCUUCUUCUGCUAACCCUGAAAUCUCAAAAACCUCGGCGGUUCUCACCUCCAGCAUCUUCGUAGGGUUUCAUUUUCCACGUUUGCAAACUCAACAGCAUCUUAAAGUGCCAGUAUGGUCAGAAAAGUGACCUUGUUUAAAAUAAACGCCAACCCAUAGAUCUCCGCUCCCUGAGUGUACUCAGAGUUUCAUCCUCUUGCUCUGCUGGUAGGUCCGUCCCGCCGGCCCUGGAGGACCCGUGCAGCUUUGCGAGAGCUGCCUGGCUUUUCUCCUGCCUCCUGCGUCCUCCACCGGUGUAACUGGCCGCAUCUUGGCUGCAGAGUCUUAUGGUUGGCGAGGUGCGAGGCAGAAGGGCAGCCCCGGCUGCUUUCCCGCGGUGGCUACGGGGGUGUGGAGCCCUGGCCGCGAUGCGUAGGG